GUUGUUCGUUUUAAACUUCCUGAUGUCAUUUUUUUCAGAGUGUUUAUACGGAUUACUUCUGUAAAAAAUGAGAAUUGUACAAGUGCUUAUUAAUAAACCAUCCAAAGAUACUAGAGUGCUUAUUUUAUCAGAAUCUACAGGAAUCAUCGCUAAUGGCGAAAAACAUUAAAAUUUAGACGAAUACUUGCGGGGACAAGAUUUUAAUGCAGAAAUCAUGUUCUGUAAGAAUACCAGUUCGGUAUCUGAGGCAGGUUACGGAGAACUGCUGUUCAAUAUUGUAGAGGCAGAUACAUUAGAAGUUUUAAAAUCGGUACUAUCACGUGGUUGUGACAUCAACCAGUCAGAUUUCAAAGGAGUUACACCUUUAAUGAUUGCUGUCAGAAACGGUCAGAACGAAAUGGUACAGUAUUUAUGCAAUAAUUGUGCAGACGUAAACAAACCUACAAAUAAUGGCGAAACUGCUCUCUAUAUCGCAUGUGAUAAAGUGAAUCGUGGCUCAGUGGAGAUACUUCUUGACGCCGGAAGUGACGUCAAUAUUACAACAAACGAUCUUCAUCCGCAGACCGGACGUUCACCUUUAAUGGUUGCUCUGCCAUCAACAUAUGAAAUAAAUGUAAACAAAAAGAAAAAAUCUGAAGCAAUAGAUAUAAUCAAAAUGUUAUUGUCGUAUGGCUGUGAUAUUGACGCACGUGACUGGGCCGGAAACACUGCGAUCCACAUUGCGGCAGAAAGACAAGACCUUCAUUCCAUUGUUUUACUGGCAGAAAACGGUGCAAAUCUCCACAUACGGAACAAUUAUGGUUUUACUGCAUUUGAAGACGCUAUACAGCCGAAUAGGCAGCGUUACGAUGUUGCAACUCUUCUUCUACUGUAUGGCUAUGAUAUUGAAACAAUGAAACCAGAACCCCACCCUUUAAUAUCUAUAAUAAAAGGGAUACAUGAUACUGAAGCCAAAUACUUCUUGGCAUCAACAUUCACCAGAAAAUGCCUUUUAGAACUGCUACUGAAUGUGGUAAAUUUUGAUAAUGAAUUGGCAGAAGAAAUGCAUGUUGCCCUAAGAAAUUGUCCAAACAUCCUACCACGGGAUAAGUUCUUUUUGGAACGUUUCUUUGAAAUAGAAAGACCGAGAAGACUCCAAGAUUUGUGCAGAUUUGUUGUAAGGAAGGCACUAGGCACGAGCCUAAUAAAAGGAAUACGUUCUCUCCCUGUCGCAAAAACAGUAAAACGUUUUCUUGCUUUAGAUUUUGAUAUCGACAGAAUUGACCCGCUACGAAUAUUGGAGUUAGAUAAUGCUAUAGAAGAAGGCGAAGAACAGCUUGCGAAAGAGCUAGUUGCUUCUGGCAUUGACCUGAACUUUUCAUUUUCUGAACAAACGCCGCUCACAAAAGCAGCAAGAAAUGGAAAUGCCAUGUUGUGCGCUUUGUUUCUGGACAAUGGCGCAAAGGUUGAUUUACAGGAUAAUGUUGGUGUGACGGCUGUACACUGGGCGGCUUCAAACGGGCAUCAGUCAGUUGAAGAGCUGUUGAUUAAAUAUGGUGCCGAGGCUAAUGAAAGUGACGUAUUAAAUGACGAAAACACUACAACCAAGAUGGCAACUAGUAUUGCAAAACAGUCAUGUCAUUAGAUUUUGUCUUUAGCCAAGCAAACUGAACUAUUGACCGGUAAAUAGCACAAAUUAUUACUUCUGGAUCUUUGUCUUGGCUUAAGGCAUCCGGUGUUUUAUAUUCAUGUGAACUUACAAUUCUAACAGAGAUAGUGACUUUGAUAAAGUCAAUGUAUAUUUUGAAAUAAGAGAAAUCAAAAACAGCAACAUCAGAAUAAAUUUUAUAUUUCCAUGAGAAGUAAAGAUUAACAUGAAUUGUUUGCCACAGUUAUGGUAUUUUUCAUGAAAAACUAUAAUAAACUAUAUUAAUCA